UAGAGAACAGCGCCUUCCCGCCCUCACCGGGGCUAAACCAAUCAGAAGUGAGAACCGUGCUGGCCUCUCGAGCAGGCAGCCAAUAGGUUGAGAGGAGCAGGAAGAACACGCGCCGCGAUUGGCCGGCGCCCCGGUGGCAGGGCGUUGUUGCUAAGCAGGGUAAAGAUGGCGGCUCUGGACAGGGUCAAGGUGCUGGUGCUGGGCGACUCCGGUGUCGGGAAAUCGUCGCUCGUUCACCUCUUGUGCCACAACCAGGUGUUGGGAAAUCCGUCCUGGACAGUGGGCUGCUCCGUGGAUGUGCGAAUCCAUGACUACAAAGAAGGAACCCCAGAAGAGAAGACCUAUUACAUUGAGCUGUGGGAUGUUGGAGGUUCUGUGGGCAGUGCCAGCAGUGUGAAGAGCACGCGAGCAGUGUUCUAUAAUUUGCUGAAUGGGAUAAUUUUAGUGCAUGACUUGACCAACAAGAAAUCAUCCCAGAAUUUGUAUCGCUGGUCUCUGGAAGCACUCAACAGAGAUGUUGCUCCAACAGGAGUUCUCGUGACAAAUGGUGACUAUGACCGUGAACAGUUUGGUGAUAACCAGAUCCCACUGCUGGUAAUAGGAACUAAACUGGAUCAGAUCCCAGAAACUAAGAGGAAUGAAGUUUUGACCAGAACAGCAUUCUUGGCUGAGGAUUUCAAUGCUGAAGAGAUAAAUUUGGACUGCACCAGUCCUCGUUACCUGGCUGCAGGUUCAUCCAAUGCUGUCAAACUAAGCAGGUUUUUUGAUAAGGUCAUAGAGAAGAGAUACUUCUUAAGAGAUGGCAAUCAGAUUCCUGGUUUCUCUGAAAGGAAGAGAUUUGGAGGAGGAACACUGAAGAGCCUUCAUUAUGACUGAGCACUGAAGAAGUGGAAGAUGACUUCUCUGAGUUCCUAAUGACAUUCCCAUUUUGACUGGAUGCUCAAAGACAGUAAUGCUUCUGUCAAGCAGAGUAAAAUGAUAUUACAGCUG